GAAUAUUUGAAAAUGAACGAACAGCUUACGUUUUAUCCAGAAGAUGUGCUCACUUCUAAACGAUUUGUUCAAAAAUUAUACGACAAUAAUACUUUAUAUAAUGAUAAUAGUGCGGUAUUGCAAGCGUUGAACAAAAAGCCUGUGUGUAUCAUUAUACUCGGGAAACCGUGUUCAGGAAAGACUGAAUUGGCCAAAAGACUAUGCUCGAAGUGGAAAUUGCAGCUUGUUAACGCAAUGGAACUUAUAACGGAGAAUAUUGAUAGAGCAACAUAUAGUGGAAAAGUUAUUAGUGAAGUAAUGGGUAGUGGUCAGCCCUUGGAUGAAAAACUAGUUUAUAAUUUAAUUACGCAGAAACUUGAGUCACCUGAGUGUGCUCAUUAUGGAUAUGUACUGGAUGAUUUACCAGCUUUCUCUGAGUCAAUAAUUACUAUCGAAGAUCAAAUCGCCUGUAUUACAUCACUGAAUCUGAAGCCGGACUUCAUUGUUCACAUUAAGAUUCCUCAAGAGGAUAUCAUACGAAGACGUGAAGGACUGAGAAUUGAUGUGGAAGAUGGAACUGUAUAUUCCAGUAAAAAUUAUACUGACGAAUUAAAAUCAUUUUGUGAACCUGAGGAAAAAUUUUCAAACAAAACAACGAAAAUUAAACAAAAUAAAACUGAAGAAGAUAUAGAUGAUAGUUUAGAUAAUGGACUUGAAGAUCGUGAAGCUAUGGAAGAAGUUGAUGAAGAAGAAGAAGAUCAAAUUAGUGGACAAAGUCAUCCAGAUUUCAAAAAGUUAAAUAAGAAUAAAUUAGAAUAUUUAAUUUCCCGACUGGAAGAUAAUCCAGAGAAAAUGAAAUCAGAUUUAGAAUAUCAUGACAAAAAUAUCGCAUCACACAUAACUUCUUAUAUAAAAAUGUUUAAUCCAUUCAAUGUCAUUGAAUUAGAUGGAAAUCUAACCCCAACUGAACUGUUUUAUAAUCUACUGGUCAAAUUACAAGGUAUGAAUUUAUAUCCAUCAGUAGCACCAAUAAGAUUUUUCGGUUCAACUGGGGAAGGUGAAGAGGAAGAAGAAGAAGUUAUACCUGAAGAUAUAGAUACUGAAGAGUUAUUUAGAAUAGUAGCUACUAAAAAAAUGCCAGGUCCAAGGGCUCGUUGGCAUAAAAGCCCGUGGAAACGUUUAUGCCCUGUAGCAUUAUUUGAAGGUCAGCUGUCUAUGGGAAAACCAGAAUUUACAGUUGGUUAUCUUGGACAAAUAUUUUGUUUAGCAAAUAUUGAAAAUUUUACAUCAUUUAUGAAAAAUCCAAGACCUUAUUUAUUACCACCUCAACCAAGACCACCAUUUCGUGUUGUUGUACUUGGUCCUAAAGCAUCUGGUAAAACGGAACUGACUCAUAUAUUAGCCGAAUCAUAUAGAGCAAAAAUUAUUGAUAUAGCUGGAAUGCUUCAAGAACAAUAUAAUAUAAGAAUAAGUGAAAAAUUAAAAGAAAUUCAAGAGAAAACUGAAGCUAUUGUAAUCAAAGAAAUAACGGAAAAACAACAGUUAGAAAUUCAGUCAUUAAACUCAGAAAAAGUGACUGAGGAUACAACUGAAAUAACUGAAGAAAUAGUGACAAAUAAAACAGAAGAACAAAUCACUAAAGAUGAUAAGGAUCCACAAGAAGGAGAAAAGACAAGUGAAUUGAAUGAAAAGAAAGAACAAUCAUCAUCGUCUUACAUUCCACAAUAUUUACUUCAACCAAUAGAUAAAGAUCAUCCAAAAGUUAAAAUGCGUGUUGCAGAAGCUCUUCAGAGUAUUAAACAAGAGUCAAUUGAAAUUGAAGUAGAUUUUUACAUAAAUGCUGUUCGUGCAGCAGUUGAUGAAGCUGAAACCAAAUUACGUAAUGAUAAUCCAGGUGGUCCAUAUCACGGUCAGUGGAUUAUUGAUGGUCUUCCUGUACGUCCAGAUGUUUGGAGAAGUUUCACGGAGAAUGCUCCAGAAUUAAUGCCUGAUUUAAUCGUUUACUUACAAGAUACAAGUAUAAAUUCAGAGUACUUACUUCGACGAUGGAUUCAAUUAAAAAUAGAAGAAUUCAGUGGCAUAGAAUCAGUUGAUCUAACCGAGAAUAUUGAGAGUGUAAUCACUGAAGAUCUUGAAAGUGAACAACCUAAAAUAUCCGAGGAAACCAUUCUUCUAAAUGGAAGUCAUGGUCAAGCUGCCCUAUUGAAACUUAAAGAGGCAGAAAAAUUAUGGACAGAAAGUUUUGAUUUGUUAAAGCGUACAACUCAACCGCUAGGUGCUCCUGUUGAUGUUAUGGAAUUGAAUAUAACUGAUAAGACAAUAGAUCAAAUGAGAGAUGAAGUUUUAGAUCGUUUAGUUAACCAAUUUAAAAUAGAACCGAUAGCAAAGACACAGGAGGAUUUAGAUGAUGAAGAAGAAGAAGAUGCUGGUGCAUUUGAAGAAACAAUUGAUGAAGAGUUUAGUAUAGAUGAAGAAGGUAUAGAAGAAGGUGAAGAAGAGAGUGAACAAAAGGGAGAAGGUGAAGAACUAGAAGAGGAAGAGGGUGAAGAAGAAGAAGAAUCAGAUUCAAGUAGAAAUUUACAGAAAAAUUUAGGCUUAACAAGUUAUUUCUGCCCAGUAACACUACGUGAAUAUGGUGUAUUGCGUGCUGGUGAUCCAGAAAUCGUAGCUGUUCAUCAAAAUUUAAUUUAUUACUUUUCUAAUGAAGAGGCCAGAUCAAAGUUUAUGGAAAAUCCAAAUGUCAUAUUAAAUGGUUCAAAUGGAUUAUUAAAGCCUCCACCGCCAAGAAUCUUAAUACUUGGACCAACUGGUACGGGGAAGUCUUUGCACAGUCGUCAAAUAGCAUUGAAUUUAAAUCUAGUACAUAUUGAUUUCUUAAGUUUAUUACAAGAGAUAACAUUUCCAAAACUUGGUAAGAAGAUUGGUAAACAGUAUGCAGAUCAAGAACCUAUACCGGAUAUUGUAUUGCCUCCACUAGAAGAGUCAGCAAACGAAAAUGAUGAGAAACGAGAAGCAUCAGAGAAUGUAAUACAAAAGCCAAAUUUAACAGAAAUAACAGACGAGUCAGAUAAAUCACUUUUGUUGGAUGAACAUGAAACAAAUGUUUAUGAAUAUCUAUUAAAUUCUACAUCAAUACCUAAUGAUACAUUAGAAUGGUUACUUGGGAAGUUUUGGAAACAAGAACCAUAUAAAUCGACUGGUUUCAUACUGGAUGGUUUUCCUCAAAGUGUAGAAGACCUUCAGUUUUUAGUAACAUCCAACUAUUUUUUUGAUUAUGCAAUAUUUUUAACCACUGAAGCUGACGAAGUUGUCUCCAGAUUGUUACCACCUAGACUGGAGAUAUGGCGUAAAUUGAUGGCAAAAAAAGCCGAGAAUGCAGCUAAAUUGAUGGAAUGGAAAACUGCCAAAAAAAAAUUGGCCAUGGACAAAAGACGAUCGGAAAUACUUAAGGAAUUAGAAGAGAAGAGAGAAAAUGCGAGAAUGAAACAAACUUCCGAUGAUCCGGAUGUUGGAGAAGAUGAAGAACUGGAGGAUGAGGUUGAUAUUGAUGAAAUGCUGGCAGAAGAAUUUGCUGAAGAUGAAGAGGAAAUGGAUGAUGAAGAAGAAGAGACUGAAGCUGAUGUUGUAGAACGAUUAACUGAAGAGAUCACUGAAACAUUUAAUGAUUCGAAUGAUGUUUUUACAGAAAUAUCUGAACAAAUUGAUGAUUUAUCUAUACCAAAGUAUGAAAUUAAUGCUGGUGGUAAAAUUACAUGGGCUCGUUAUCGAAUUGUUAAACGCUUACAUACUUUAUUAGAGAACCGUAACUCAUUAUUUGAACGUGUCUAUCCAAUUACACCAAAAAUUGCGGAACGUUUAUUAAUUAAUGGCUAUUAUUUUCCAAGCUCAUAUGGUCGAUGGUGUCCAGUUACAUUAUACUUUCAAAAUGCAUGGCUUCCACCUAUUCCAAUGCCUAAUAUAAAAGUUGGUAAUCCGAAAUAUUUGAGUAAAUUACCUGGGAUUAUUGGUGAAACAUUGCCUAUAGUUAAAGCUAAAACAUGUGCUGCAAUUUAUAAGCAACAUAUCUAUUGGUUUAUGAAUUCUAAUGCUCGUGGAUUAUUUAUGAAAAAUCCUUUGAAGUAUACACAGAAAUAUACAGAUCCACCAUUUAGAGUACCAUUAAGAUUACAUAUUAUAGGACCUCCGAAAAGCGGCAAAACAACUAUUGCUCAACGUUUAGCUAAAGAAUAUAAUAUACCUGUAAUUAAUGCUGGAGACUCAAUACGUUGGAUAUUAAAUGAUCCAAGUCAUAUGCAUACAUCAUUAGCUACUAGAAUUAGAGAACAAUUUAAUCGAGGUGAAUGUAUUUCAGAUGAACUAACAGCUCAAGCUAUUCAAACAUUAUUAAUGAAUGGUAUUUAUUUCACACGUGGAUAUAUUUUAGAAAAUUAUCCAUUAACUAAAGAACAAGGUGAAUUAUUAUCGAUUUUUGGUGUUCGACCAAAUCUUGUUAUUGAAUUAGUUGUAAAAAAUGAAAAACAAAAAGAAGAACUAAUUUUACGAGGAAUUACACAAGCAUCAAACACAAAUCAAGUAAAACUGUCCAAGUCAAGUCUUUCAUUUCUUACGUUCGAUGAAAAACAUAUGACGACAAAUGUAACUGUAGAAGAACACUAUUCAGAUUAUGAACCAGAAAGAAGUGAAGAAGGAUUCAAAUUGCCUGAACCAGAAGUGGAUAUUGCACAAGAGUUAGUUAUUCGUUUAGCAGCUUAUGAUAACAUCAUCUUACAACUUAAAGAAUGGUAUUUAUCUCGUAAUGGAAUUCUAGUUGAAUUAGAAUCAGUUCAAAAUCGAUGGUUAUUAUGGCGCAAAGUGAUUUAUUUAAUUAAGCAUAGGAUGAGACAUAUUGAAGAAUAUAUGGAAAGAAUAACUGCUCAUAAAGCUGCCUCUAUAGCUGAAUUAGGAAUUGAACAGUGUGAAUAUGAUAAAUUAACCAGUGAAUUCCGUCAGUAUUGUCCUGUCGCGUUGAGGGAAAGGCAAGAGUUAGAAGAUACAAUUGAUGAACCUAAACAACGAUUCAUUGUUAAGUUAAAUAUCGAUGACAAUCAAAUAAAUAAAUCAUAUCAUAUCAGUUCAACAAAACAUAAUUUGCAGAAAAUGUUACAUAAUAAUGGUUAUUACAGUAGUAAAGAAAAUGAAUAUCCCAACGUGAAUAAUCAAAACAAUGAUAUGAAGAGUGAUGUUACCACUUCCAUUGAUGAUGAUAAUAAUAAUGGUAAUGAAUUGAAUAAUUUAAUUUAUAUCCAUACAUCAAUGCGUUUUACCGCUGAAUAUGAAGGACGUUAUUAUCGUAUGGCUGGACCAAGUGAACUACAAUCAUUUCUAGCAAAUCCAACUAGAUAUGUUUCAUCAAAUAAUAUUAAUGCAUUACCAGAAAAUGAACUAAUACCAAUACGACUGAAGGGGGAUAAUUUAAAACAAAUACAUGAUUCAUUCCCCAAACAAUUAGCCCUAAAUGGCUAUUGUCCGGUUUGUUUUUAUGAUAGUAAAUUACGUUAUGAAGGAUUAAAAUUAGGACUACCGGAAUACUUGGCUAAUUACGAUCACAAAAUAUAUGCUUUCUGUUCAAAUAAUUGUCUAUUGAAUUUUCUCAGAAAACCUAUUCUUUUUGCUAAUCUACAACUGCCCCACAAAUUGCCACCAGUUGCAAACCCUAUCACAGUGAAAUCAUUACCAUUGCCUGGUUUUCUUGAACAAACAUUAUCUGUAGCCCUUCUUAGGGCAUUAUCUUCUAUUAGUCAAGAAAGGCCAAAGUUUCCAUUCAUUACAAUUAAACGAUCAGCACUGAUUUAUAUGGGAUUACAUUUAAAAGCUUAUAAUCCACGAUUUCCGAUAAACGAACAAAAGAAAAAUCAACAAAAGUUGGCUAAUUAUGUGAAUGCUUGUCACCUAAUACCAUGGUUGGCUAAAUCUAUGCCAAUUCAAUUUCUUUCGGCCAACAAACGUUCAAUGGAAUUCAAUACAAAACUAGAUCACUUCCUUGGCCUUGAAAAACAUAAAGAUCUCCCUGAAACAUGGAUUCAUUAGACUACUAAUAAAUACACAUGAAUCGUAUAACCUAAUAAAUAGUUCACUAAAAUGUGCAAGUCUAUGUAAACGGAAUUACAAGCUGAAAUCUAAUAAUCUAUAAAUUCAUACAUAUUCCC